AUACGUGUUUUGGAUGUCCACCGCCGCACUGCUCUAACCAUGGUCCCUGCAGUUGAAGGUCGCCUUGCUAUCCCUCGUCAUCUUCUCUAUUUCUUUAUUGUCCUCACUGCCCUCAGGUGGUUCAUUAAGAACAGACAGACCAAACCUUCCCUUCCUCCUGGCCCAGUGCCAAUCCCAUUGUUAGGGAACAUUCUAUCUAUCAACACCAAAAAACCUUGGUUGACUUACACUCAAUGGCAUGCUGUUUAUGGGGACUUGGUAUUCGUGCGGAUUCUAAACCAGGAUGCAGUGGUGAUCAAUUCACAGCAUGUUGCGCAAGCCUUACUGGACAAGCGCUCUGCCAUUUACUCCGAUCGACCAUACAUGGCCACAGUCGAGCCAAGUGGCUGGUCGAUCAACUUUGCAUUCACAGGGUAUAAUGAUGAAUGGCGUCGUUGCAGACGACUCUUCCACCAAACUUUCCGUCCCGACUCUGCACUCAAGUUUCGUCCGAUGCAGAUGAGACAGGCUCGGGAGAUGAUCGUCAACCUAAUUGAUGACCCUCAACAUUAUCAUUCCCACUUUGCAACGUUCACGUCAUCGAUCGGGAUGUCUACUAUAUAUGACUACCAGCCCGGGGCUCGUGAUGAUCCUCUGGUUCAAAUCAUAGAAAAUGCACUGAUUGUUAGCCGUGACAUGAUAACCCCAGAGAGAGCAGUAUUGCUCGAGGCUUUCCCCUUCUUACUGAAGUUACCUGACUGGUGUUGGGGAUCCUCAAUCAAACGCGAUGCUCGAGCUUCAACUAGUCACAUGAGGGAAAUGACAGACGUGCCGUUUCGGUAUACGCAGCAGCAUAUGGCCGACAGCUUGACAUUUGGACAUUUGUCAAUGGUGGCAGAACAUUUACGACGGAUGGAGAAGCAAGAUGAGGCAUCCAAACCAAUGUUUGAGGCUGCUUUGAAGAAAACCGCUACUACCGCUAUGAUAGGUGCAUACGAGACGACUACUUCAACCCUGAUGGCUUUUGCUCUUGCUAUGGUGUCUUACCCAGAUGUUCAACGACGUGCACAAGCAGAGAUCAACUCAGUGAUUGGAAGAGAUCGCUUGCCUACAUUUGAAGACAGAACAUUACUACCAUACGUCGAAUCAGUUCUGCGGGAGACUUUGCGAUGGCUGCCUGUUGCACCCCUUGGUGUACCACAUGCUGCCUCGAGUGAUGAUAUAUACGAUGGCUAUUUCAUUCCAAAAGGAACAACCGUCAUAUACAAUACAUGGUGCAUUUCACGGGAUGAAAAGCGGUACCCUGAGGCAUCUCGUUUUAUGCCAGAGAGGUUCUUGGACGUUAACGGAGCAUUGACCGAUGAUGACCCUGCGGGAUAUGUUUUCGGCUCAGGCCGGCGUGCAUGUCCAGGCCGGUACACUGUUGAUGCCACUCUAUGGUCCGUUAUUGCGACCAUGUUGGCCACGGUCGAAUUUUCUUUUGCCAAGGAUGACCAGGGCAAAAUGAUCGACUUCACCCCGCAGUUUGCGACGGGAUUCACUCACUCCGUCAUGGCCUUCCCUUGUAAUAUUUCACCACGUUCUCAUAUCCAUUCAGAACUUGUGGAUCUUCUCUGA